CCUCCCCCUCCACGUGCUGCCGGUUUCGAAUGUUUCACAUCUAACCGUUCUGCCAAUCAGUACGACACAGUACAGUACAGCAUCGUGUAGCGAGUGCGUUCACGAGAUGUGCGACUUAUCCGAAUCGUUUGACGGAAGUGCAAAUGAUGAUACGGGACUCGAGCAACAAUUGGAGGAAAGUUUGAUUGUUCAAGAUGAUUAUAAGAAAUUAAAGCAGGAGAACGAGUGCUACCGGCAACAAUUACAUGUUCUGCGGCUUAAACUGGCAGCCAGCAACGCUCUUGAAAAGGAGCUGCAAGAGAGUAACGAGGGCCUGGAACGAUCGCUCGCACAAUGUACAGCAAAAGCGGAGGAGAUGUUUUCAGAAAAAGAAGGAAGGUACAAAAUUAAGAAGGAAGAGUAUGAGAAUUAUAUCGCCGAUUUAGAGACGGAUGCUGCAGACAAGAAGUGCAAAAUUAUGGAAUUACAUGAGGAACUAAGAAAAUAUAAGGAUUUGAUAAAUAAAUGUUCGCAUAGCACCACUGUUACAGAGGAUACCUCAAGUGCACAGUAUAAAGAGAAAAUUGAGCAACUGCUCCAACUUCUCCAAAAUGAAGAGAAGAAAGGGAUAGCAUUGGAGGAAAGGCUCAGGGACACGGAGAGCCAAUAUCAAGAAAUUAAAGAUAUUUUGAAAGUGACGAAGGAACAAUUAGUGGAGAAGAGUGAAGCAUUACAGAACACACGAGAAGAAUUGGCUAUGAAUCGUUUAGAACUGGAGUCAUUAAAAGUGACUCCCGCCAGUGAUACAUGUAAAGGUAAUUCGUUGUUCGCCGAGGUUGAGGACCGCCGGCAAGUGUUGCUGGAUAAAAUGAAAGCGCUUCAGUGUAAAUACAAUGAAAUGAAACGGAUAUUAAAUGUGAAAACAAGCAAAAUCGAUUUGUUGAAGGCAGAAAAGGCUGCCAUGGUCAGGAAGUGGGAAACUGAUGCGAUUGAUGCGCAGCAGGAAGACGCGGACCUAUUGGAAAAAUAUAAAAUCAGGAUCGUUGAGCUUGAGAAUAAGCUGAAGGCUGAAAUAAAAAAUAAUAAACAGGCGGAGGAAGUGCUAUCCACAGAUGAUAAUUUUAGUUAUACACAAUCUUUGUUAAUCAAGAAAAAAAAAGAAAUCAAAGAGCUGAAUGAAAGGAUUGAACGGCAAGCUAUGCUAAUGUUGAUGCAAGAAGAUACAAAUCACAAUAUUUCAAGACAACUUCGAUUUUGGCAAACUAAAGCAAUGAUGAUGAAGGCUGAAAUAUUGUCUAUAAAAGCACAGUUACAAACGGAACAGACAAAGGAUGAUAAUAAAAACCUUCUGGAAGCUAUCGAGAAUUGUAAAAUUACUGAUAUCACAGACUUCGAAAAGACUUGUGAUACUUUAAAAAGUCCAACCAAUGAUUUCAUGUUGAAGAAUGAUACAUCUGAAGGAGAUUCAACGAGAACAUCGGAAAAACCAAUAGCAGAUAAAUACGCAAGUGAAGAAAAGCAACAUGAUAGAAAAAAAGUGUUGCGUUUUGUAACAGACACUAAAGAAACUGAGAAACAAUCUUUGAAAAAACAUGAAUCAAAACAACACGACAAUUAUCCUAUUGUAACCAUUGAAUGAAUUGUAACAUUAAGCAUUUUUAUAUUUCAUAUUAUAAUAUUUAAAAUUAUUCAAAUAAAAAAUGAUUUAAUCGAGAAA